AUGUCUGUCUCAGCACAGCCACCAAAGCGCAGGGUAAUCCUUGGCCUGAUGACCUUUGGCACAGAUGCAUCGGUGGGAGCUAGGGUAACUUCCCUCGAUGAAUUCAACAAGUGCCUCUCCCUCUUCCAUUCAUAUGGACAUGGUGAGCUUGAUACGGCACGGGUAUACUGUCGAGGUUCUCAAGAAGCCUUCACGGCCAAGACGAGAUUCCAGGAGCUUGGACUGAGUAUCGCAACCAAAGUCUACCCUAAUAAUGUGGGCGACCAUAAGCCAGAGGCUCUCAGGGAAACGUUCAAAAAAUCUCUUCUAGAGCUUCAAGUGGGCUCGGUUGACGUAUUCUACCUGCAUGCUGCCGACCGAACGACCCCUUUUGCAGAGACGCUCGCGGAAUGCGACAAGUUGCAUAGGGAAGGCCUUUUCCAAAGACUUGGACUCAGCAAUUUUGCUGCAUUCGAGGUGGCUGAAAUCGUGAGAUUAUGUCGAGAGAACGGAUGGGUUUCUCCCUCUAUCUAUCAGGGGAAAUAUAAUGCACUACAUCGAUCCCUUGAAAAGGAGCUGAUACCAGCAUGUCGACGUUAUGGAAUCGAUGUAGUAGUAUAUAACCCACUCGCUGCUGGAUUGUUCUCGGGCAAGUAUAAAAACGCUGAAGUACCAAAUGAAGGGCGUUUCAGCGGCCCAGAAAACAGCUUGGGAAGCCUUUAUCGAGCACGCUACUUCAAGGAUGCCACCUUCGAAGCUCUGCGUAUCAUUGAGCCUGCAGCGACAAAACACGGCCUUAGUCUGCUGGAGGUUGCGUUCAGGUGGAUUGUGCAUCAUUCGGCUCUGAAUAUAUCUGACGGAGGCCGCGAUGGAGUUGUCAUUGGUGUUGCUAGCUGUGAACAACUAGAAGGCAACCUGAAAGACUUGGAAAAGGGGCCGCUGCCUCAUGAAGUGAUAGAGGCAUUAGAUGCGGCAUGGGCCGUUACAGCAGCAACUGAAGCAAACUACUGGCAUGGUAAGCUAGAGUAUGCCUACUCCUAG